UUGUUCUUUGUCUGAAUAGCGUUGCACUGACACUUUCGCUAGAAGUGCCCACCGUUGGCCAUUACCAGAAAAUGGAGGAUCAACAAUGUCAGAAACGGUCAGUAGACGAAGUGGAAGCGUUACUUGAUGGCGUUUCGGCAGUUGUCGUUGACAUCGAAGGAACAACCACUCCAGUAUCUUUCGUUAAGAAAGUUCUAUUCCCUUACAUCCUUGAGAAUGUUGAAACAUACCUGAAGGGCAGAUUUGAUAAUGAGGAGACAAAGGCAGAUAUAUCAGCACUUCGUGAAUUGGCUUCUAAGGAUAUUGCUGACAAAGUAGAAGGAUGCAUAGAGAUUCCUGAUGGAGAAGCUGAUGAAGUAAUCAAAUGCUGUGUCGAGAACAUCAAAUGGCAAAUGGCAGACGACCGCAAGUCAACAGCUCUGAAGCAGCUACAGGGACACAUGUGGAGAGAAGGCUAUAAAACAGGCAAAAUCAAAGCCAUGAUUUACGAUGAUGUAGAGCCAGUUAUCACACAACUGAUAGAUGAAGGAGUGUCAAUGUACGUCUAUUCAUCAGGAAGUGUGGAGGCACAAAAAGAACUCUUCCGUCAUGUGGAGGAGGGGGAUAUCACAAAGCUAUUCACAGAUUUCUUUGACACUAACAUUGGCAGUAAGACUGAAUGCAGCAGUUAUACUGCCAUCUCUGAAAAAAUUAAUGUGAUACCUGGUGAAAUUCUUUACCUCACAGAUGACCCAAAAGAGGGUGCAGCAUCUAUGCAGGCAGGGUUCAGAGUAGCAUUGCUUGACCGUGACAGAAACCCACUCAUCACAAGACAGGUUCGAUGCGACUUCCUAACAAUAAAGUCCUUUGGAGAACUCUUUGGUGAGGAUGACAUGGAUCAAAAGAGGCUUGAAGGAAAUGGAGAUCUGGAUGCAAGUGAUGAAGAAGUGGAUGAUGAUUGUGCUGAGUUGGAUGAUGAUGACGAUGACGAUGAUGAUGAUGAAGUGGAUGAGGAAGAAGAAGAUUUGGGAGAAGAGGAUGACUAGUGUGACAAGUGGUUGUUGAUAUAUGGAUAUAUGUCUCAUUACCAUCCUCAUCACUCACAGUCUGACAUUGUAUGUGGAGAAAAUGGUGAAUGCAUCAAAGCGGUGAAAGGAUGUGUAAAACAACUGCAUAAUUCACAUUGAAUCGUUAAUCUUUAGUUCCAUCAAGUGCAUGAUUGGGUUUUCUUUUUUUUUUUUUUAAAGUACAUCUUCUAUAAUGAAUUUAAUUCUUGCCACAAAAAUUAUAAUCAAAUGCUCUUCGACCAAAUUUGUGGUCUUUUUUUUUCAUGCUAUAUUUGGACAUAUUUUGUAUACAUUUUACAACUAAUUUAUUCUAUUUAUGUCAGUUGCUUGGUUUACUUAAACCUUUAGGAAGCAUAAAAUGAUGUACUUUACCUGUUUUUUUGAAUGGUACUCUAUUUGACAAAGUCAUUUAUUCUCACCAUGCUGUUCUUUUUGUAUAUAUAUAUAAAUAUAUAUUUUUUAAUUUGCUGAAAUCAGAUUUGUUAACUGCAUAUUUUUAAUUUCUUUUACUCUGAUAUUGUUAUGAUUUAUUUACAUCAAUGGCAUUUCAUGAUUUUUUGUUUAAUUUGUGUUUAUCCUAAACAUUGGUUUAGAUCAACAGAAUUGAUAGUUAGUUCAUCGGUAAUACAGCAGAUGUUGCUGUUGAAUGGCUAUGUAGGUGCUAUAGUGCCCUAGCUGUUACUUGGUUUGUUCCUGUAGUAGCUCUGUUUGAAGUGUAUUGGUACUUAAAGUCAUACUUGAAUGUAUGUAAGGUUUUUACUCGUAAAUACCUUUUUCUGAGGCAACUAUACAAAUAUUGUUUUAUAAGUCUGUAUUAUAACCAGUGUUCUGUGAAUGGAUCAUUACUCCAGGGUCUCCUAUAUUUUUAUUGUUAACAGAUGUCAUCAAACUAUUUUCUAUAAUAGUAUUUGUAAUACUGAAUCAGCUUUUGGUGUCCUUAGACAUGGUAUUUCUUAUUCAUUCAUGUUUGUAUGUACCAUUGCAAUCUUAUGUGUAAUGAAUGUCUGCUCAAAUUGGUUACAACUAGAAUCAUUUACAAGGAAUCUUGUUUGUUACUGUCUGGUGAGAUUUCUCUGUGUAUUCUAUGACAAACAUGUUGGUUGUUAUUGUAAAGUGAAAAGAGCAGACUGGAUUACAAGUCAACUAAAGGUUGUUGCUGUAGACAUGUAUUAGCCAAAAUUAUGCAAAAUUCUUUGGUAAAAUAAAAAUAAGAUAUAAAAAGAAAUUUUUUUAAAUUACCAGCAAUACAAGCCCUGUAAUCUCCAUUCUGAUUCCACUCUGGAAUUUAAAAGUAAUAUUGUUGUAUACUCUUUAUAUAGGAUUUAGUAUAAUUGUUGUGUUCAAAUAUACAUGUAUACUUAUUUUUGUUGGGUCAUGUGCAAACAAAAUCUGUAAUAAAAUUAGGUGCUCCCCACAGACAACUUGUGUCAAUGCUUCUUUACAUGAAAAAAGAAAACUGUCCAAAGCCUGUGAAAUAAAAUGGCAGUAGAAUCACACCUCAAUGGUGUCACAAGACAAGACUUUCAUAUUUUGUUUAUUUUUGAAGAGAUCACCAUGUUUUUCCUUUAGGCUGCACAUCUGGUAUUAAAUUUAUGCAAAUUCAAGCAAAACACUCAAGUCUAGAUAAAAUGUACAUUUAAAAAAGACAUUUCUAGAACAAGCCAUUCACUGCAAUUUAUGUAUAUCACUUGUAGAAAUGCCUACCUAAUGUUACACAGAUCAGUGUAAGCUCAUGAAAUUGUUCUCACAAAUGUUUUCAUUAAUUCUGUGUUUUUGAAAAUUGAGGAAGCAUGGUUUGAAAUACUUUACAACUAUUGUUGAUAACUGAUAUGAAGUUGACAUCAGGUGGUCUAGAUUUUACACCCAUAAAUUAUUCAGUUAUUCAGAUCAUUGUUGAUGUAACUUAUUUGACUUUAUUGGUCCAAUGAACUAAGCAUUAUGACAUGGCAAUGUGUACAGUGAUUGAAAUUUCUUCACUUAAUUUGAUUGUCAUGUUUUAACUCAUUUCAAAUAUUUUUUACUGAAAUAUUUUGUUCAUGAAUAACAUUUAAUAUUGUAUGAAAUAAAAGUAGUUUUACAACCGU